AUGAUGGUAGAGAGGCUGUUAUGCGCCAUAGGGUUCUUGACGCUGUUGGCUACCGCCCAGAUCACGAGGUACAAUGCUAGCUUGGGUAGUGUUUGGAUCAAUCAACCUGGAAAUGGUAGCUUCGUCUACUUGAAUCAGAGCGGCUCAACUGUAAGCUACAUGCUCAUCUUGGUUCGAGGGAACUUUGGGUGUGGUUUCUAUGGGAACUCGAGCUCCUUCGUGUUUGGAGUGGUAAUUUUUCGCGAGAGCUCGGCACAGGUAGUGUGGUCAGCCAAUGGAAACAAUCCGGUUGGAGAGAACAGCACGCUGACACUUAAUGGAGAUGGGGUGCUCAUGAUCCUGGACGAAACAGGAAGAAUUGUGUGGAACACACCACCAAACUUACAGGUCCAGGCGAUGGAGCUCCAAGCAUCGGGCAACUUGGUGCUUCAGUCAAAUAGCUCUUCCACUCUCUGGCAGAGUUUUGCAUCUCCGGGGGAUACUCUCGUCGAGGGACAGGCUUUAAGAGCAGGAUGGAGGAUGAGCUCUUUGGGUGACGAUUACUCGCUAGAGCUGACCAGGGAGGAGCUAAAGAUGACACACAACAGUGUCAGAUCUAUUACAUACUGGUCGAGGAAUGCCUCGACUCUUGGCUCGUUCAUACCUUACAUGAUCUACACAGGAGGGAGCAUUCUCCUGUUUGUCACGAGGGGGUCAGACGAGAGCUUCGCAAGGAAUGGCACUCUUAGCGACGAAGUCAUCAGGAUUCCAUUCCCAACACGCCAGGAGCAGUCUUUGCGGUAUCUCAGGCUCGACUCGGAUGGAAACUUGAGGUUAUAUGAGCUCCUUGGCAACCAGUGGACUGCAACUCGGUCACUUCUCAGCGAGGAAGAGUGCGAGCUUCCCAGCACUUGUGGGGAUUACGCGUUCUGUACUAGAGGUGGGAACUGCCAGUGUUUGAAUCUUGCAGAAGAACUUAGGAGAGUGAAUGCUCAGACAUGCGAACUUCGCUCUCCAUUUACUUGUGAUGCCAACAACACGAAUAGGAGUACCCGUCUUGUCGAUGCAAGGCAAGACAUAGCAGUUCCGGUUAGCUUGGCGACAACAGUACGAUCGAAUGUCUCGCGAGACAUCUGCUUACAAAGCUGUGCUAUGGAGUGCUCCUGCAAAUUUGCACUCUAUGCUUUUCAAGGAGGAGGGGACUGUUUAAUACUCGACCAUGCAUCGGGUUUCAGAGAAGCAUCAAUAGCAAGCAACCGAACUGUGUCGUUGAAGUUGUUCCUGAAAGUGGAGGACUCUGAAAAAUCGAAACUCUCCAAGGUUCUACUCAUCAUUUUAGUGCCGGUUGGAGCUGCCUUGAUUGCCAUCGUCCUCGUUUCCCUCUACAUUUACAACCAGAAAAGCAAGUCUCGAGCUUUGAUGGAGCUUCAAGAGCUGGAAACCGGCCAACUCAAACGUUUUUCGUACAAGCAGCUGGAGCAUGCCACGAACAACUUUGGCAAGAAACUCGGGCAAGGUGGAUUCGGGUCGGUUUUCCUUGCAACGCUCAAAGAUGGCUCCCAAGUCGCAGUGAAGCGCCUCGAGAGCUCGAGUCAGGGACAGAAGGAAUUCAAGACGGAAGUGAACGUCAUUAGCAGUAUCCACCACUUCAAUCUGGUCCGGCUCCGGGGAUUCUGUGCCGAGAAACACCACAGGCUCCUGGUGUACGAGUACAUGCCUCGACGUUCUUUAGACAAAUGGCUCUUUCUUCGUGACUUCCCAAGCGAUGGUGAUCACGAGAAAGCUGGCGAAGCGCUCGACUGGAAGACAAGGUUGCGGAUCGCUCUGGGAAUUGCAAGAGGGCUCAAGUACCUGCAUGAAGACUGCAGCGAGCGGAUCCUCCAUCUGGACGUGAAGCCCCAGAACGUCUUGCUCGACAGCAACUUUGAUGCCAAGCUCUGCGACUUUGGCAUGUCCAAGCUCAUGAAGCGCAAUGAGUCAGAGGUCUUCACGAUGAUGCGAGGAACUCGAGGCUACCUGGCUCCGGAGUGGCUCCAGUCCACCAUCACCGAGCGAGUCGACGUCUACAGCUUUGGGAUCGUGCUGCUCGAGAUUGUGAGCGGGCAGAGGUGCCUGGGGAACUCGAGGGCCGAGACGAGCACGCAGUACUUCCCGAACUGGGCGAGCUCUCGCAUCUGCCGGGGCCAGAUCAUGGAGAUUGCCGACUCAAGCCUUCAGGGAGAGCUCCAGAGCGGGAUGGUGGCCCUGUGGGAGCAAGUGGAGCUCGUCAUCUACACGGCAAUGUGGUGCAUCCAAGAGGAUUCAGCGCAGCGUCCGUCGAUGGAAAUGGCAAUCCGGAUGCUCGAGGGGCGAGUGAGCGUCUCAAAGCCUCCAAACUUUCUCCUUUGAAAUCUUUCCACCACAUGUUUUGGUUGUCACUCUUUGUUCGUAAGUUGUCAUUUGGAGAUGACAAGAGGCAAACAGCUUUGAAGGGGUUGAUCUCAUGAAGCUUCGUUAAUCAGUACUGAUAUUCAAGCCCUCCUUGCAAAUCCUGCCGGAAACAGUCCAGGUCUGCCAGGUUUGAUCAGGACCAAUCUUGGUAGCAUGCUCUGCUCUAACCCCGUCCGCUACAUGAAGAUUCAUACUCAAUCUUCUUCGUAGCGGGCUGGUCUUCUCCAUCUGCUUGAACUUCUCCCGUGACGGGCCACCCAAAGUCUCAAACAAGUUGUCUUCUCUGAAAGGCCCGAUGACUUUCUUACAACUCGAGGGCGGAAACUUCAAUUUUUUUACCUUUUCUGCUGGCUUCUAGAGCGAGCGCUUUCCCUUGCUAGAAUCCCUGAAGAGAAAUAUUUCGAUAGAAAAUGUGGAGAAACAUACUUACAAGUUGAGGAUAACGGUCAGUCAUCGUCUUCUAGCUUUGCUCCUUUCCGUUUUGAUCUGGAA